UGGCCGCUAGCCUCGCCCAGUUUUGAUGAGAUAAUAAAACAAUUGAUUGAUUUUUUGACAUAAUUAUCAAGAAAUUCGUCAAAAUAUCCCCAAAUAAUGGAAAGUAUGAAAAGGAAGAAUAAUAUCAUUAACAUGCCAGUUCUUCAUCGGUGUACAGAAUGUGAUGAGAUUUUUCCACAGUAUGAUCUAUUAGAGAGACAUCGUAAAAUACAUAGUGGUAAUAGAAUGAUUAACAUGCCACUUCUUCAUCGGUGUACAGAAUGUGAUGAGAUUUUUCCACAGUAUGAUCUAUUAGAGAAACAUCGUAAAAUACAUGGUGGUAAUAAGAUGAUUAAUAUGCCACUUCUUCAUCGGUGUACAGAAUGUGAUGAGAUUUUUCCACAGUAUGAUCUGUUAGAGAGACAUCGUAAAAUACAUGGUGGUAAUAAGAUGAUUAAUAUGCCCCUCCUUCAUCGGUGUACCGUAUGUGAUGAGAUUUUUCCACAGUACGAUCUAUUAGAGAGACAUCGUAAAAUACAUAGUGUUAAUAAGGUCACCAAUAAGCUGAUAAAAGAAGAGGGAAAGGAUGAUUAUGACGUGGAUAAAAAUUGUCAGAUAUAUUUUGAAGACAACAAAACUCGUGAGGAAGACAAGACGGAUGGUUUGAGUCAUUCGAAGUUCCCUAAUCAGACAUAUAAAUCAGAUUUUGCCAAAAAAUGUCAAGAACGUGGUAUUGAAGACAGAAUAGCACAGAAUCCAAACGAAACAUUUGACUGUAAUGUUUGUGAUCAAGAAUUCAGGUCUUCAAUGGACCUGGAGGCACAUUUUAAAGAGCAUGCUUCCCAACAAAGAUCAGAAGAUUUGUUGGAUGCAGAGUCGGAGAAACGCAAAAAAGAAAUUGCAUCAUUGGAUGAAUAUUGUAAAAUGCAUUUUAAAAUGGGGGGAAAAUUACAGAAGUAUCGAAAAUGUUUGGAUGUGGAGAGUGUCCCAGAAAUUAAAGCAGGAACGUCGGAGAGUACGGCAAGUACUUCACAACAUAAACCACAAAGCCCAAAAAGUUUUAACAUUAAAGAUUAUCCAAGUCAGAUCCCGAUCCAUCUUUUGGAUAUAAAUGGGUUAUCAUUGGAAAAUUACACAGGGAAGGAGACCCAGUAUACUUGCGAUGUCUGUGACCAAGUAUUUCAAUAUAAAAAGGAUUUCAGAAAGCAUUUAAAAAUUCACAAUAUUGGAAAACCUUUUAAAUGUGAGGUUUGUAAUAAAUCAUUCAGUGCUAAGUGUGAGGUGAUGCGACAUUUCAAAUAUCAUAUAGGAGAGAAAGCAUAUAAAUGUGAUGUUUGUGAGAAAGCAUUUGAUACAGGGUUUAAGUUAAAAUUACACACUAGAACCCAUACUGGAGAAAAACCAUAUAAAUGUGGGGUAUGUAGCAAAUCAUUUAUUUCAAAUGGCGAGCUUAACAGACAUUUCCGAACACAUACUGGCGAGAAACCAUACAAGUGUGACAUUUGCAGUAAGUGUUUCAUCGAUAACAGUGGUUUGACGAAACACAUAAAGAAGCACAUGGAAGGAGAAAAUAAAAGUGAAAGUAGCAAGGUAAUCCGCGAGAAAAGAUUUUUCUGUGAAAUUUGCGAUCGAUCGUUUGUGUUUAAGAGCCAGUUGAUUAAUCAUGUUCGAAGUCACACUGGAGAGAAACCUUUUAAAUGCGAGGUUUGCAGUAAAUUUUUUCCUGUCAGUUGCUCUUUAAGUAAACACAUGAAAACCCAUACUGGUGAAAAACCGUUUAAAUGUGAGCUCUGCCCGAAGUCAUUUAGAUAUAGCACAGAUCUGAACCGCCACAUGAGAAUUCACACUGGUUUAAAGCCGUUCAUUUGCGAAAUCUGUAACAAAACAUUCAUGGACAAGAGUGCUCUUAACAAACAUUUCCGGUCUCACACCAGAGAGAAAUCGUACAAAUGUGAUGUUUGUAGUAAAUCCUUUUAUAAUUUGAAUGUUUUAAAUCGGCAUUUACGAACCCACGUCAAAAAACUAUACAAAUGCGAAAUUUGCAGCGAUUUAUUUUUGACGAAUAACGACCUGUCAAAACACAUCAGAUUUCAUACCGGAAACAACCCGUUUCUGUGUGAAAUUUGUCAUAAGGCCUUUGCGGUCAAAAGUGCGCUAAAGAAGCACAUUAUAACUCACACUGAAGACAAAAAUUAUGCGUGUAACAUCUGUAAUAAGUCGUUUUUUAAUAUCUCAGAUUUAACACGGCACACAAGAAUUCACACUGGGGAGAAACCAUUUAAAUGUGAUGUUUGUAGCAAAGCAUUUAAUGACAGUAGCUCCUUUAAGAAACAUGUCCGAAUUCAUACUAAAGAAGAUAAUUCUGCAUCUUAAAAGUUUAUAGGACAUGAAAUGUAUACGUACAUGUCUAUCCAAAGAUUUGUUUGGUUCCUUCUCGUCCCUAUGGUAUCAUGGAGGUCACCGUUGACCUUCGCUGUUUCAGGAAUUUUUCCGCCCUCUGCUUAUACUUUUAGUUAGGGGUUAAUUUGUUGCAGUCUUGGAAUUAGUAUACAAAGAUGUUAACUACACGUACAUUAGCUACUUUUUGACAUUUUAAUAAUAAUCUGCACUCCAAUCAGUUACUGUGUUACUGUACUUAUUUGUAGUAAAAGGGGGUUGGGUGGCCGAAUGGUUAGCACAUGCAGGCUACAUCAUAAGGUCUGUCAUUGAGUCAACUGGCUUGGUUUCGAUUCCCUGGUUGUACGUGACAAGGAGUAGGGUCGCCUGUCCAACCUCGUGGGUUUUCUCCGGCUCCUCCGGUUUUCUCCCACUGCUAAAGACCCCUACGUGUAAGUGACUUAUGGAAAUAGAAUUGAACCAUAUGUUAGUCCCAAAAUGACUUAGUUUGUGUCAAGUGGACAUUAAACCCCAUUUCUAUCUGUAGUAAUCGAAAUUGUAUUAUCGCAAGGUACAAAUAGUUCGAUACAAAUUCACUACUUAUGUAUCCAUAAAAUUGUACAAAUAUAAGCCAAUAAAUAAGAAAAUUGUGUCCAUGUCAUUGAUAAUCUCAGACAAUUGAUAUACAGGUACAUGACAUGUAGCAACAGAUUGAAGUGCAGAGUUGUCAAACUUAACACCCCAUAAAACAAUAAAGAUUAAAUAAUCAAGGUUGAAUAAUUAGAUGACAGAUGUAGACUAAUCAUGUCAUUGAUAACAUAACCCUUUUUACUUGGUACAUGUACCUGUAAAUAUAUUCUACACUUUGUAUCUCUCGACAGCCCCAAUCCAUUAGAAACUACUGCUCCUUAAUCUCAACCUGUCCGAAUCAUGUGAAUAUCUCUCUGUAUUGUAGGACCAUAUACAUGUAUAUAGUUACAGCAGUUUUAGACAUCUAAGGAACAUUAGUUUCUAAAGGCCAAGGGGUUAACAAUGAUUUCAUAACUGGUAAAUGGUAUUUUUAAUGCUAAAAUGACUUGAAGACACAUGUGAAUGAUUUUUAUGAUUACAUUGUACAUAUCUUAUAUAAUGACAUUGUUUUGUAAAAUUUUGUUUUGUUUUGUUUAAUUUUGUUCUGUUUAGUUUCUUCUUUGUUGUUGCUGUUUUCCCUGUGUUAACCGUGAGAUAUAGGGUUAAUUAUAUUGUUAAGCAUAGCUAGAGGGGAGGGGUGGGGUAUUUGAGCCACAUUGUGAAUUGUGCCAGUUUCUUUGGUUGCCCAUUUUAUGUCCUCUCCCUUAUAUGGGCUGUCACUAGGAAAUUUUUUGUAUUGUGGUAUGUGUAAGUACAUGUACAUGUACAUUGUACAUGUAUAUCACCACAAUUUCUUUGAUUUAUAAUUAUUUUCUUGUGUUGCGAAAAUGUAAUUUGUUUGUGUGUUAUUGUACAUAAAAUAUAAAUGGUUUAAUUUGUUUUUGUAAAAUAAUAUUUAGUGUAAAAAAACUUCAUGGAAAUUGACUUAACAACUAGACGUUGACUGGCAAAAAAUGGUACCAACAAUUUAAUUAAAAUUUUGAUUAUAAUUUAUUUUUUCUUUCUUUCUAUAUGGUUGACUAGGUAACAUUGAACAAUAACAAUUUUUAACAAUAACAAUAGGCGUUUUUGUGAACCGAUUAGAUUAGACCGAUUAGCUAUUAUACGCAUUUGUGAACCAAGUUGAUUAUGCCAAUCGUUACAUUUGUGAGACGAUUUAACUCAACUGAUUAGGCAAAUCGACCUAAUCGUCCCAGGAGGUGUUUAGGCGAUUAGAUUUGACUUUUUCAAAAUGGCGGAAUGUUCGACGUCGUAAGUAAUUUUUAAUGCUUAUUGUUGUUUUUCUCCAUAAAAAAUGUUUUUUUUAAAACGCAUUUGACGUGUUUAAUGUUAACUUUAUAGUCCACAAGAAUGUUAGAUCACCUCUAAGCAAUUUUAUUCAUUUACAGUUAUUUCAAUAUAUUCCUCGAUCCUAGGUUUUCUCAGUAAACUUUUUACAUGUUUUGUCACUUCAGUUUUCAAAAAAAUACUUGAACUUGUUGGACAUAGGAGAUUGUUUCUAACGGCAACCAUUUUUCCUUUUUUGCGUAGAUAACCUUCAUUUGUCUUUAACAAGUCAUCAAUAAUUAGCAAUUUUUUUUUCUGAUCGGUGUCCGUGAUGGCAGCCAUCUUACCAAAUCGUAAUUAUCAAAUUUCACAUUUGUGGACCAUACCUAAUCAAAUCGAAAUCAUACCAAAUCGUACUAGCAAAUCAAAACCUAAUCUAAUCGACUCACAAAAACGCCAAAUGUUUUAUUUAAUUUUGAGAAUGUAUUAUGUAAGAUUUUGAUAAAGAGCAGUCUGUUGUUGCUUUAAUAGUUUAAAAAUAGAUAACGAAAAUGUAUACCGGGUAUAAUAAAAAUUUCAGUCUAAAUACUGAAUGUUUGAAGUUAUGACAAGGAAUAGCCGAAAUAGUCUUGAUUAUCAAGUACUAUUUCUAAGAUAAUAAAUGAAGUCAGCCUCUCUGAGUGACAUCCAUAUUAAUAUUUAUGGUGAACAUUGUUUAAUCCAUACAAUAUCUUGGCUAUCCAAUGGUCUAAAGAGUUGAUUGUGGGCUUGUCAUGUGAUUAAAUGUCUAAAUACUAUUUAUUAUCACAUUUGAAGUCAGAAAAAGGCUUGCAAUAGGCAGAUUUAUCUCUUACAUAAUGCAUCUUUAAAGAAAGAUUUGAGUUUCAUUUUCCACUGCCACAUGACCACACAUGACCACAAAUAUCACUACUGAUAAUUUGAUUGAUCAGUUAGUUCACAUAAUCUGAAGCAUGUAGGUCAGAUGUCAAAUCAAACACCUCCACAUUGUUAUGGAUAUAUAUACAUAACCUCUGAACUUGCCACACAUAAUUAAGGAUUUGACCUUUCAGCUCAACGCUUCUUAUCCAUAUAGCACUUGAUACAUGUGAAUAUUGACUACCCCCAAUUCCCUAUAGAAAAAUACAGGAAAAUGAUAGAUUUCAUACCGGUAUAUCCCUUACAAAUUCUUUUUUCUUUGAGUACCUUAAAACAUUUACUUCAAAUCUGCCAUCUCCGAAUUUCGAAAAUUACGUCAUUAACUUUCAUAUUAGUACGAUUUUCAUGAAAUUUGGAAUAUAAGUAGAUCUCAUUCAUUCAACUUCAACAAUAUCAUUAGAAAAUAGUCUGUUCCUUAGCUCGUCUGAGGUAUGUGGCAGCUCUCCAUAUUAUAGGACCGUAUACAUACAUGUUCUUGUGUAUGCCACAGCUGUUCUUGUGAGGCAGUCUAAGUAAUCUAAUACAAAAGGCAGUUUCAGGUGGUCCAAAUGCCUCACGGUAAAUGACAUAUGCGCUCAUUGGCCACAUGUAGGUUGGGAUGGUUAUGAGUGACAACUUAUCAUCAGCAGCUGGUUCAGCAACAAAUAUUCAUAUACAUACCCCAUCUCAUUCCAGCCAAUAUACUGUUAUUAGAUCCUGUUGAAUUUGUUUGUUGCAUUUUGUCAUGCUCUAAUGUUCGAAUAUGUACAUGUAAAUUCAAAUAUUUUUUUCUGUAUUAUUAUUCAGUGUCAAGCCAAUUGCAGUUUUAUCAGUUUUUUUGUCUCCUAGGGGAAUUAUUAAUUAAUUAAAUCAACCAAUUCUUAAAAAUAAAUAAACAGAUAAAGAAUUAUAUUGAAAUUUGACAAUGCACCAAAAGUUGAUCUUUCAAAUAGAAUCAAAUACAACGUAUUUCAAAAGCAUAUUUGAAUAAUGGAUUAAAAUAUGUGAAUAGUAAAAUGACACAGUUUUUCUUCAAUUUUUCUCUGUUGUUAGCUGAAAUGUUUGUUAGGCUUCUCUAAUAUACCUGGUCAUCACAAGGAAAAUAAUUGGGUGGUGUUAAAUGAGAUUUCUUGUGAAACACAUAUAUUAAUGACAUUGCUAUUAAAGAUUACAAUUGUUAUUAUCAUUUACAAUUAUUGAUAUAGUGAUUACAAUGAUUGUUAUCAAUUACAAUAAUUGCUAAUAAUUAUUGUUAUUUUUUAAUGAUUGUUAUUAGUGACACAAUAAUGGUUAUUGGUCAUCAUUUUUAUUGAUUACCGUACAUUUAUUAACAAUUAA